AUGCAGACUACCGAAACACCCCAAUCGCCAACAACGGCGAUGCCCACAGCUGCUACAGCGGCAGUGACGACUACACCAUACGCACCAGUCGUGGUAAACCCGCAGCUAGAUAUUCCCACAGAAUCACUUCGUAAAGCUCUGAGAAGCGAGAUUAGGAAAUUCGUCUCUAAAGAACUGAAACAGAAGGCUGCUCGAGCUUAUGGAAUCAAAACCAUCAAUGGAGAUGAUCCCGUGGGUGGACGCGAUUCGGAAACUUCCGCUAAAAGACCACAUCAUCCAGACGACAUUUCAUUAGAGCUUUCCGAUUCGCACAACAUUUGCCAGGAGAAUGAACGUGUGGUGAUGGUGAACUUCCCAGAAUCGACGCGAAAACCAUAUACGGCAGCUACGGAAACGGUGAAAGCCCGUGAUCACCGGCAGUGCCUCGAACAGUGCGAGAGUAACCCUGAUUGCUCAUCAGCCGUGUUCUCCGAUUCAAUGUGUGAAAUGUCUACUACUCGUGCACGGCAUUCGGUCCCAGAUAUUCGGCCAGCGGACAAUCACACCUACAUUGAAAAAACCUGUGUUGAUAAGAUAUUGGUCAGAGGUAAUGAUUAG